AGCCAAGAAGCCGGAGGCCAUUGCUUCUGCAAUACUGGUGUCCCAGCUACACGGAUCAACAAAAGACUCAUGAGAGGGUUCUCUGGUUUCAGACACUGCCUUUUCCUGCCGAAGUCUCUAUAGAAGCCGGAGUCGCCCAGCGUUCUCCGCUUGGCGCCCCCGGCACGAUGGUUGGGUCUGGAGGUCACGCCCCCUCGGCCUCCUUCGGGUCUUUCUGUCUUCCGCGGCGCGAGCCCCUGACUCAAGCUCGCUUUUCUCUGUACGGCGCAUCCCGGGCUUACUCUCACCGCCUUUCCACUCGGCCCAUAGCUAAACCAUUCCUGACUCCCUUCAUGGCGUCGCUUCUGUGCUGUGGGCCCAAGCUGGCCGCCUGCGGCAUCGUCCUCAGCGCUUGGGGAGUGAUCAUGUUGGUAAUGCUCGGAAUCUUUUUCAACGUCCAUUCUGCUGUGCUAAUUGAGGACGUUCCCUUCACGGAGAAAGAUUUUGAGAAUGGUCCCCAGAACAUAUACAACCUUUACGAGCAAGUCAGCUACAACUGCUUCAUCGCUGCGAGCCUUUACCUCCUCCUCGGAGGCUUCUCUUUCUGCCAAGUUCGGCUCAAUAAGCGCAAGGAAUAUAUGGUGCGCUAGAGCACAGUCGUGUUUACCCUCUUCAGCCCCCUCCUCUAUUUAAAGGUUCUCCUCACCCUCUCAUGAUCCCCCAUUCUGGUGCCCUCUACGGGACUCGGUUUUCCUGGAGAGAGAUUUAAUCCCUGUUCUCCCAUCUCUGGUGCCCGACCCCAGUGGAGGGAGGCUGGGACUGACCGUCAUCUGUUCCUCCAGCCCCUUUUUCGCUUUGUCCCGUACCACAAUAAAGAGAAACUGCCCUCUGAAUCCUUGUGUCUGU